AUGGAAAUGAGCUCGAGCUCUAUGACCGAGUCAGGGAGCUCAUCUUCCUCUUCCCCACCAAACUCCUCCACUGAGUCACUCAACGGCUUAAAAUUCGGCCAGAAAAUCUACUUUGAGGAUGCGAGUCUCGGAGCUUCAUACAAAUCCGGGUCUGCCGGGUCUUCUUCUUCUUCUGGGGCUACACCGCCAAAGAAGCAAAGGGCCGGGCAUUUGGCUCAUCCGGGUCAGCCACCCAGGUGCCAGGUUGAAGGCUGCCAGGUAGAUCUGAGUGAUGCCAAAGCUUACUAUUCCAGGCACAAAGUGUGUGGCUUGCACUCUAAGACCCCUAAGGUCAUUGUUGCUGGUCUUGAACAGAGGUUUUGCCAACAGUGUAGCAGAUUUCAUCAGCUUCCUGAAUUUGACCAAGGAAAACGUAGUUGCCGUAGACGCCUGGCUGGUCAUAAUGAGCGCCGGAGAAAGCCACAACCUGGAUCCGUAUCUACGCGUUUUGGCCGACUUUCUACGUCUCUCUUUGAAAACAGCAACAGAGUUGGAAGCUUUCUGAUGGACUUCACUGCAUACCCAAGGCCUGCUGAUAGGGAUGCAUGGGCGACCACGAGAACUUCUGAGCGAGUACCUGUUAAUCAAAAUGCCAAUGGCACGGGCAAGUUUCUUCAACAUCCAUGGCAGAGCAACUCUGUUACUACAUCUGGCCGUUAUCUACAGGGUUCAGCAGGCGGGACUAGUUAUCCUGAUCCUGGAAUUCCUCCUCGAGAAUGCGUCACAGGAGUCGCUGACUCAAGCUGUGCUCUCUCUCUUCUGUCAAAUCAACCAUGGGGCUCUAGAAACCGACCAUCGGGUGUUGGGAUGAAUGCCUACUUGAAUACCUGGAUGAACACCCAAGGGGUAACUGUGACUCGACCAAUGGCUCAUGCUGGGACCUCCAAUCACUUUCCAACCACUUCGUUGGGUUUCAAGGGAAAUGAGGCUGGUAGCAGCUCACAUGAAAUGCUUCCCGAUCUGGGUCUCGGUCAAAUCUCACAGCCUCUCAGUCGUCAGUACUCUGGUGUGCUUGAGCUGUCUCAACAGAACAGGAGGCAGCAGCACAUGGAACUCGGACACACCAGGGGCUAUGACUCCUCCACCAACCAGCAGAUGCACUGGUCACUUUAA